AUGACCCAGCAGGACUUGCAAGGCAGGCUGGAGGCCUACUCAAACAACCCGCUGGAUAUUCACGGCGGAAAUGGUCCCAAUCAACGCAAUAUAGUAGAAAGCAGCAGCAGCAGUCACAGCUCGAGAAACGCAGGCUCCAACACCGCUAGUGCAAUGGAUAGCACAAUCUUGGGGUCCUCGGGCAACACUCCAGAUUCGGCAUCGAACUCGUUCCGCAAAAGAGCCACAUCCCACAAACAAGGAAGUCCCACCGCCGUGACAGACUUGCUAGCCAUGCUGGACGACCAGCAUGCACUCCACAACACGCUGCAUCUCACAGACGCUUUGGAGUCCCAGCUGCCGACGGAUACGCAACUCGCCACCCACUCUUCCAGUUCAAAAUCCAAUUCCAUUUCGCAUCCGAACCCGUAUUCAAAUUCAAACUCGGUGUCCAAUUCCUCGGGUCUUUCACCGCAUCGUAUUUUGCAGGAUUCCACACUGUUUGGCCCGGACGAUGACCCGCUAGCUAUCCUGUCUCGCUCGUUGGAACAGAACCCCGCAUCAACUUUCAAAGGCCUCGAUAGCCCCAACUCUCGCCACCCAACGAUUUCAUCGCCCACCUCCCUUCAUGCUAAUCAGCAAUCCUGUAUCAAUCCAAACCUACUCAGUAAUGUGAACUCUCAAUUUGUUGACUCCGGAUACCCGAUCGAUCGCACCUCACCGCCCGAUCACCAGGUCGAUGAUGAUUCUAACUCGCUUUUCGACGAUUUCAAUUUUAAUAGAAGAAUGAGUGAGCUUGCUUCCUCACGCAAUCCUGCAAGACCAGAACUAUACAAUCGAAACUCUAUUUCCUACAGUACGGAUGCUUGGAAUUUACCGAGCUCGACAUCGACCAAGGGUCCUUCCAGUAAGCCGCAAAGGGCUGUUUUGCCAUCAUCCUCCGGUACAGUUCGGCCUUUAAGCACAGACAAGCGUUCUGAAUCGCUGCGACCCUUGAGUCUCUCAACUUCACCCUUCAGGAUAGAUAACGAACUCACAAAGUUUUUAGAGGACUACAAUUUGAGUUACUCCGUUUCGAAACCAACCAAAACAAGGGCUGGAUCCUUCAACAGCGCAAGUAAUGCCAGAAGAUCAUCAGCGUCAGAGCCUCAACAUAGAGUCCAAAAACAGCGUGCUUCCAUGUCCCUGGUGGACGGCAGCAAUCAAGAUCUGAUAGCAAAACUUUAUGGCGAUGUUAAGGCACCGAGACCCAGACUCACAAGUCUCUCAUGGGAGAACGCUAUCAUGUCGGAUGAUGAAGACGACGAGAGUGGGAAUCGAGAGACAGGGGCCAUUAAAGAAGACGCCUCGAGCCGAAUCCUAGAAGGAGAUGGACAAACGAAAUAUAGUUCUACUGUGGGUGACAUUGAAGCGAUAGGGGAAGACGAUGACCAAAUGACACGACUCCAGUCUCCACAUUUGGACUCCGCGACGGAUUUCCUUUCUCACAGUUUAAAACCAACUUUGACUUCUAGUGAUGCAAAGUUUGUACAUCCAAAUUUGCUAAUGAACAGUCACCACGCCCCAUAUCUAGACGCUUCGGACAUGAGUUCAAAAUCUGCCACGUCGUCUGGUAUUUCAAAUCCAUUGCACAAUUCAAUAACCAAUUCCCCAACGCCCUCGUCGUAUCGGUCCAGCAGCAACAGCGGCACAUACAACUGCAACCAAGCUUCUGGCAAGCCCAGGAAACGGCAGUCCUUUUCCAAGAUGACACGCACCAGUAAAUCGACUUCACCAUUUGAUGAGGACGAAAAGCCGUUCAAGUGUGGGGAUUGCACUAAGGCCUUCCGCAGAAGCGAGCAUCUCAAAAGACAUAUACGUUCAGUUCAUUCAACUGAACGUCCUUUCCACUGUCCCUACUGUGAUAAGAAGUUCAGCAGAAGUGAUAACUUGUCGCAGCAUCUAAAGACUCACAAGAAACAUGGCGAUUUCUAG